GCUGUCUGUCCACAGAGGAAACUACCUCGAGCUGACCCUCCUCAGGCUCCUUCUCUUCCUUCCCUUUAUGAGGAUACAGAGGAGGAAGACAACAACGAAGCUCCACCUGUUGUUGCACCAGAGCCUGAACAGCCAAACUCUACCAAUACAUGCUCUGGAACAAAAUCUUCCACUGCCCUGGAAGCCGCUGCCCUGGAAGCCGCUGACAAAGACAACACUCCCACACCUGAGAUCCCCUACAUGAGCUCUUCCAGCAGUUCCUGCAGCAGCACCAACGGGCAGCAAAAGACGGUAGAGGAUGACAGCCUCAAGAAACUGAGGAGCAUUGUGAGUGUGGGAGAUCCUAUGAAGAAGUACGUUGAAUGGGAAAUAAUUGCCAGUGGGGCUUUCGGAACGGUCUAUGCAGCGACCGACACUGCCACAGGAGGAGAGGUGGCCAUAAAGCAAGUGUGUCUCCAAAAACAGCUCAAAAAGGAACGACUUGUCGAUGAGCUCAUUGUCAUGAGGGACAACAAGCAUCCAAAUAUUGUUAACUAUUUAGACAGCUACCUGUUUGGAGAUAAACUGUGGAUAGUGAUGGAAUACCUAGACGGAGGCUCCUUAAGCGCUGUUGUUAAGGAAAUAAGCAUGAGUGAAGGAAUGAUGGCAGCUGUCUCUCGAGAGUGCCUGCAAGCACUGGCCUUCCUCCAUUGCCACCAAGUGAUCCACAGGGAUCUCAAAGGCGAUAACAUUCUUCUUGGAAUGGAUGGAUCCGUCAAGUUGGCUGAUUUUGGUCUCGCUGCUCGCAUCACACCUGAGCAGAGCAAACGAAGCUCAGUCGUCGGCACGGCUCACUGGAUGGCCCCCGAAUAUCUAACUAAAGAAGAAUACGGACCCAAAGUGGAUAUUUGGGCACUGGGCAUCACAGUGAUAGAAAUGCUGGAAGGAGAACCUCCUUAUUUUUGGGAGCUUCCUCACAGGGUAAGGUGCAAAUACUACCAGAUAACCACUGUCUUUCUCAUCUGUCCCAUGUUUUGCCUCCAUUGA